CGCAUGCGCAGUGCGCGCCGUCUUGUCGCCAUGAUGGAGUGGAUCCCGUGAGAGAGGAGAAACGGCGAGAUUUUUAGCGGCGCCCGGCGCAGUUUCAACUCCCUCGCGUCUCUCGCUCUCGCUCGGCGAAGCGGAGCAGUUUGAUCAUAUAAUUUGUUUUCGUUCCCCUCUUUCCCCUCAUCCCCUACCCCCACCAUCAUCACUCACAAUCACCAACAAAACCAAUCCCGCCUUCCCCCCCCUAUCCAACACACCCCCAGACCCCCCCGGUUUUAAUUGACAUUUGGGACGGAAGAGACGCUUUAAACAUGACUUCCAAUUUGGGGAAACCGGGUUCCACCAAAAAGGAUACGAAAAUGAGAAUACGCGCCUUUCCCAUGACGAUGGACGAAAAGUACGUGGCGAACAUCUGGAACCUGCUCAAGAACGCCAUCCAGGAGAUCCAGAAGAAGAACAACAGCGGCCUGAGCUUCGAGGAGCUGUACCGCAACGCGUACACGAUGGUGCUGCACAAGCACGGCGAAAAGCUCUACACGGGCCUGCGCGAGGUCGUCACGGAACACCUCAUCAAUAAGGUGCGGACAGAUGUGCUCAAUUCACUGAACAACAACUUCCUGCAGACGCUAAACCAGGCGUGGAACGACCACCAGACUUCUAUGGUGAUGAUCCGGGACAUCCUCAUGUACAUGGACCGUGUCUACGUGCUGCAGAACAACGUGGAGAACGUCUACAACCUGGGCCUCAUCAUUUUCCGCGACCAGGUGGUGCGCUACGGCAACAUCCGAGACCACCUACGGCAAACGCUGCUCGACAUGAUCGCGCGUGAACGCCGCGGGGAAGUCGUCGACAGGGGAGCGAUCCGGAACGCGUGCCAGAUGCUGCUCAUGCUCGGCAUCGAGAGCCGCACCGUGUACGAGGAGGACUUCGAGAUCCCCUUCCUGCGGAUGUCGGCAGAGUUCUUCCAGAUGGAGAGCCAGAAGUUCCUGGCCGAGAACAGCGCGUCGGUCUACAUCAAGAAGGUGGAGGCGCGCAUCACGGAGGAGACGGAACGUGCCGUGCACUACCUGGACAAGUCGACCGAGGAGCCGAUUGUGCACGUUGUGGAGGAGGAGCUCAUCUCCAAGCACAUGAAGACCAUCGUGGAGAUGGAGAACUCGGGCCUCGUGCACAUGCUGAAGAACGGCAAGACCGAAGACUUGGCGUGUAUGUACAAGCUGUUUGGUCGCGUGCCCAAUGGUCUGAAGACCAUGUGCGAGUGCAUGAGCGGCUACUUACGUGAGCAAGGCAAGGCGCUCGUCACGGAAGAGGGGGAGGGCAAGAAUCCCGUCGACUACAUCCAGGGUCUUCUGGACCUCAAAGACCGCUUCGAUCACUUCCUCCAGCAGUCAUUUGGCAAUGACCGCCUGUUCAAGCAGACCAUCUCGAGCGACUUCGAGUAUUUCCUGAACCUCAACCCGCGCUCGCCAGAAUACCUCUCCCUGUUCAUCGACGACAAACUCAAGAAGGGAGUGAAGGGGCUGUCAGAGCAGGAGGUGGAGGCGAUUCUGGACAAGGCGAUGAUCCUCUUCCGCUUCCUGCAAGAGAAGGACGUGUUUGAGCGCUACUACAAGCAGCACCUUGCACGCCGACUGCUCACCAACAAGAGCGUGUCGGACGACUCGGAGAAAAACAUGAUCUCCAAGCUCAAGACGGAAUGCGGCUGCCAGUUCACGUCCAAGCUGGAGGGCAUGUUCAAGGACAUGAGCAUCUCCAACACCACCAUGGAGGAAUUCCGGACUCACUUGCACACCACGGGGACGUCGCUGCACGGCGUGGACUUGACGGUGCGCGUGCUCACCACGGGUUACUGGCCCACGCAGGCGGCCACGCCAAAGUGCAACAUCCCCCCCGCGCCGCGCCACGCCUUCGAAGUCUUCCGCAGGUUUUACCUUGCCAAGCACAGUGGGCGCCAGCUCACGCUUCAACACCACAUGGGCUCAGCCGACCUCAACGCCACCUUCUACGGUCCCAUCAGACGGGAGGAAGGGGACUCGAGCAUGGGUGGUGCGCAACUCACGGGGAGCAACACGCGCAAGCACAUCCUGCAGGUCUCCACGUUUCAGAUGACCAUCCUCAUCCUCUUCAACAACAGGGACAGCUACACCUUUGAGGAGAUCCAGCAGGAGACGGACAUCCCCGAGAAGGAGCUGGUGCGAGCGUUGCAGUCGCUGGCGUGCGGGAAGCCCACGCAGCGCGUCCUCACCAAGGAGCCCAAGACUAAGGAGAUGGAGCCCAGCCACAUUUUCACCGUCAAUGACCAGUUCACCUCCAAGCUGCACCGCGUCAAGAUACAGACAGUGGCAGCCAAGCAGGGCGAGACGGAUCCCGAGCGCAAGGAGACGCGGCAGAAGGUGGACGACGAUCGCAAACACGAGAUCGAGGCGGCCAUCGUGCGCAUCAUGAAGUCACGCAAGAAGAUGCAGCACAAUGUCCUCGUGGCAGAGGUCACGCAGCAGCUCAAGGCUCGCUUCCUGCCGAGUCCCAUCGUCAUCAAGAAACGCAUCGAGGGUCUGAUCGAGCGCGAGUACCUGGCGCGGACACCGGAGGACCGCAAGGUGUACACCUACGUGGCAUGAGGAGGAGGAGGUGGUGGUGGUGGUGGUGGUGGCGGAACAGGAGGAGGGGGGCAGCCACACUUUGAAUCGCUCGCUCGCUCGCUCGCCCGCUCACUCGCCCACCCCCGACCGCCGCACGCCCCCACGCGCGCCAACAGCCGGACUAAACGCGUGGGGUCGGAGCGCCGUUAGCGAGCGCCCGUUAAGGCCGUCGCACCGUCACUCACGCUGCUGUGGGGGGGGGGGGGGGGCGAUGGGCGUUGGGCGGUGGGGGGGGGCCGGGGACACACACGCACACACACACGGACACGCGCACCUACCCGCCUCACCCAUCUUACACUAAUUGUAUAAGUGCAUGCACGCGCACGCGCGCCACGCACACAUUACGCUCGGCCCGGUCAUGUUCGCGGUGUGGCGUGCGUCCCGGACUGCGUGCGCUCCCGUUACUUGGGGGGAAAAAAGAAAAGAAAGGAAAAGAGAAAAAAAAACCCCUCGGAUAACUUAACACGAGAAGGGGUGAGGAGGAGAAACAAAAAAACAACCGUUAAAUAAGUGGUGUAAUUGAAAGACGAAGAUUAUAUAUGUAUAAAAAAAAAGGAUGGUAAUAAUAAAAUACACGCGUUCAAA